AUGGCACAAGCUGGACAAGAUGCCAAGUUCUUCCAGAGGGGAAAGAUCGAGGAGUUCAGAGCCGAUCUUCAUGCCGCCGAUGCAAAGGACAAGAAGUUUGUCAAGAGAAAGACAGUCUUGAAGAAGAUUGUCGCCAAUAUCACGAUGGGGAACGACAUGUCGCCAUUGUUUCCCGACGUAAUACAUUGCCUUGGAACACCUUUGCUUGAGAUUAAGAAGAUGGUGUAUCUGUUCCUUGUCAGCUAUGGAAGGUCGUCCAAACCGGAGCAGAUCAACAUGGUCAUCCCAUUCUUCCUGCAGGACGUUACAGACCGAAACCCUCUCAUCCGCGCACUCGCAAUUCGUACGAUGUCAUAUAUUCCAAUCCCCGUCGUAACAGACGCCCUUACGGAGAAUCUACGACACUGUCUGAGGGACAGGGAUCCCUACGUGCGCAAGACAGCGGCAAUCUGUGUGGCUAAACUAUAUGCUGCAGAUCCCAGAAGAGCAGAGAAGGGAGGGUUCGUUGAAAUGCUACGGGAUCUCAUGCUUGACAGCAAUGCGACUGUGGUUGCGAAUGCUGUCGCUGCAUUGACGGAGAUUGGGGACAGGCCGGACGGCGUUAUCUUCAGACUCAAUCUCACGACGGUCAACAAGCUACUGGCAGCCCUCGAGGAGAGUUCAGAAUGGGGGCAGAUCUACAUCCUCGACUCGUUGCUGCGGUUCGUGCCCGAGAAGCAUUCGGACGCUGAAAUCAUGGCGGAACGAAUCAUUGUGCAUUUGCAACACGCCAACUCUGCAGUCGUUCUCACUACAAUCAAGAUUCUUCUUUACCUCAUGAAUUAUAUGGAGAAUAGGCAACAAAUCGACUAUUGUUGCAAGAAGAUGGGUCCACCAUUAGGUCCCGAGGUGCAAUAUGUAGCGCUUCGCAACAUCUUGCUUAUCAUCCAACGACGCCCUGCCGUUCUCAAGAAUGAUGUCAAGGUAUUCUUCUGCAAGUACAAUGAUCCCAUUUAUGUGAAAUUGGCCAAACUGGAGAUCAUGUACCGUCUGGCGAGAGCAGAAAAUUACGCAGAGGUCUUGACGGAACUUUACGAAUACGCUUCAGAAGUUGACCUCGACUUCGUUCGGAAAGCAGUUCGUUCGAUAGGUCGACUUGCAAUCAAAGUCGAACCAGCUGCAGAUAGUUGCAUUGACACUCUCCUUAAGCUGAUUGAAACAGGUGUUUCUUAUGUCGUUCAGGAGGCCAUCAUCGUCGCCAAGGACAUCUUCAGGAGGUACCCAGGGAAAUACGAAGGCAUCAUCCCUAAACUCUGCGAGCAUCUGGAUACUCUCGAUGAGCCGGAGUCGAAGGCGUCAAUAGUCUGGAUCAUAGGGCAAUUUGCCAAUAAGAUCGACAACGCUGAUGAGUUGUUGGAGGUGCUCAUAGACUCUUUCCUUGACGAAAGCGUAGAGGUACAACUAGCGCUUCUGACGGCGGCAGUCAAGCUCUUUAUCUACAAGUCCAAAUCCGAAACGGCAAAGAAUUUGGUUCACAAGCUGCUGAAGUGGGCCACGGAAGAAGUGGACAACCCGGAUUUAAGGGAUCGAGGAUUUAUGUACUGGCGCAUGCUGGCUAUCAAUCCGGCACUGGCUGGAGAGAUCGUUCUGGCGCCCAAGCCACCUAUCACAACAGACUCUGAUAGGAUGGACCGAGGCGCCCUCGAUCAACUUCUCCUACACACAGGGACACUUGGAUCGAUUUACCAUAAGAAUCCAGAAACCUUCAUUCGCAACGCAGCACCACGGGCAUUAACUGAUACACCCGCUUUGAAUGCGCACUCGAGGGCCGUUCUUAUCCAUCUACCUCGAAUGCAGCUCCCGCCUGGCCCAAUCAACGUGCCAACAGGGCCCACUGAAUCGCAUCGUGCCCCUCCACCAACGUCUGGCUCAGGACCAUUACCUCUCAUACCGGAUGGGGAGGAGCCUGCAUCGCCAGCACCGCCUCCGCUUCCAGCCAGAAAACCGACACAGACCAGUGAUGCAGAUCAAGAGGAUUCGGACGACGAACACAAGGCGGCUCCUGCUAAAAGAACUGAUGACCCAUACUCAAACCUUGACAGUGCAUUCGGAAACUACCUGGUGGACCAACCCCAACCGAUGGACCACAGAGGAAAGCAUGAUGAUGACCUCUUAUUUUAG